UGAAAUAAAUGUUGACAACAAAUUUCUUCUGUGAAAAAAAGUCGUCUCAUUCGUUUUUUUGUAUUGAGAAGAGUAAACGUUGUCUUAAUUAAUUUCUUGAUUGUAAAUUUGAUUGGAAUUCCAAAAAAAUGUCAGAUGGAAAUGAAAACAACUCUUUUGGUGGUUGUGAGGGACCAAAUGCUAUGUAUGUGAAGUUGAUUUCAUCUGAUGGCCAUGAAUUUAUUGUAAAACGGGAGCAUGCUCUUACUUCAGGCACUAUUAAGGCUAUGUUGUCUGGACCAGGGCAGUUUGCUGAAAAUGAAACCAAUGAGGUCAACUUUCGUGAAAUUCCGUCUCAUGUCUUGCAGAAGGUGUGCAUGUACUUUACAUACAAGGUGCGAUACACUAACAGUUCCACUGAAAUUCCUGAAUUUCCCAUUGCUCCUGAAAUUGCUCUUGAACUUCUGAUGGCUGCAAACUUUUUGGACUGUUAAUUUACCAAGCAAUCAUUUUCAUGAAUCUUACUUCUGGUAUCCUCCACUAAAUGUGUCUAAUAAAAUAUCAGCAAAGCUGAUUGAACAAAGAAAAA